CAAAUCGAACCGAACGCCACCAAUUUCUUGGUUUGCUGCUCCUCCUCCUUCCCCAAAAGAGGCAUAACAACAGCUCAUCGAUCCCCUUCCUCCGCCUCCCACCGCCGUCGUCGCCAUGCCGGGGAUCCAAGGAACCACCAACCCUGGCCACUUCCUCUCUUUCGACGACGACGACGGCGGCUUCGGCGACUUCAAGGUCGCCUCCGUGAAUCACCCUUUUCCAUCCCGACCGCAGCAGGAUGAUGAUGAUGACGAUUGGGGCGAUUUCAUGGUUAGCCCGAUGGGAUCCAAUGGCCCGGUCGGAUCCCCCUCCCCUCCGCCGUCCAUCUUCGAUGCAUUCCCUUCCGACCCCGCGCCCGGCGACAAGAUGCCAACUAAGGGGGCUAAACUGUGGGAGAAACCCAGAGGGGCGCUGCCGCUCUCGAUCUUCGGGGAGGAGGAGGCGGACGAGCCUCAGACUAUCGAGCCGCCCGUUAUCUUCUCGCCUUCUUUCUCUUCUUCGGGUCCGGCCAAAGAUCGGAAGGGAGUCGUCGCUGGUGGAGAGCUGAAGGAUCUGAUCACCAGUCUCUAUGGACAGGCUCCGCAACCGGAGGGCGGUCAGAAGACCGGCUCUUCUUUGGGGGAGGCGAAGGAGGAAGAUUCAGACGAGAGCUCCUGGGAAUUCAAGGAGGCCUCUUCCUCUCCCAAUUCAACGCUCAAGGAAGAUAAGGAGAAGUUUGGGUUCGACACAACUGCAGCUUUGGAUUUUGGCAAUGUCGAGGAAGCAAAUGGUCAGACUGGUGUCGACAAUAAUGGGGGAGAUAGUACCAAAUUCAGUGACAAGAAUGUGAAUGUUCAACAUAAAAUAAGCAAUUCAAAAAAUGGAGUUCAUUGGUUUUUUAGCAAUGACGCCUGGGAAUUCAAUAAUGGUUUUCCUGAGAGUACAGCCACAAUAACUUCAGAACAACAGAAUGGUGAAAAACUGCAGAUUAAAAAUGCUCAAUUAAAGGUCCUAGAAUCCACCAAUGCGAUUAAAGUUCGUACCACUAAUCUGUGUAUCAUCACCUAUUCUAAAACCUUGUUUGUAGUGGUUUUGCUCAAGCAUCCUUAUCUUCUCGAUCUUUCAUUGUUUGUAUGUAGACUUUAUUGUUGAUAAUGAACCUUCUCUCUGCCUAAUGUAAUGAUAUUUGAUUUUGUUACCUCAGGAAAAGAGUGGCUUCAGCCAUUUUUACCUUGGGAAAAAAUAAAAAACCUCUUAUCACUUCUUGAAUUUGUAAAACAUGCACGUUUGGAUAUGAAUACUCAUUGUUACCCAUAACAGGUGCAAACCCAUCUUGAGAGGGCUAGAGUGGGAUACGCUUUCUACUUUGCAUAUCAAAAACCCAAUAUUAGUAUAAGACAACUAUGUUUGUGUGCACAUACGUAUUUGACCACCUCCAUUCAUUUCUUUUCCUUGAUAUAGUUGCCCUAGGGUGUAGCCCAACUGAUAACCAUGUGGUAGAUUUGCAAUAUUGAGCAAGGUCGAAUCUCGGCAAAAACCGUGGAAAUACCCUCCCACAUGGGGGCCUACGCCUGAUUUACUUCCUCCCAUUGGUGUGGGGCAGUCGUGGGAGGCUGCCAAGGUGGCGGAUUUCACCUUUUGCAGAAUUGUCCUUGAUAUAAUUUAUUUAAUUAGUUCCAUAAUGGCAUAAUCAGAAUGCAUUAAACAUUGCGGUGAUGCCCGUUGAUGUAUAAAGUAACUUUGUAAUUUUUUAUUAGAAGAAUGCUUCUCCAUAUAGGAUUUUGCCGUUAGUCUGACUCUUUAACUUGCUAGAUCUAAGCUUCAUUUAGUUACCUAC